AUGAGUGACACAAACUACUGGGUUGUGGACUAUGAAGUCUCCUCUCCUGCUCCGCCCGGCUUCCCCAGGGGCCCGGCGGUGCUGCAGCCCACGGCAGGGCACCCCGAGCAGGGAACGGCCCUGUGUUUUGUUGGCCUCCUCGUUCUGCUGCUGCUCUUUCUGGUUGUUCGCUGCAUCCGUAUCUUAUUAGACCCGUACAGCAGCAUGCCGUCAUCCUCGUGGACGGACCAUAAGGACGGGCUGGACAGAGGACAGUUUGAUUAUGCGCUGGUGUGA